UUUGCGGCUUUGGCAGAUUGAAAUAAUGGCAGGUCCAGAAAGUGAUGCGCAAUACCAGUUCACUGGUAUUAAAAAAUAUUUCAACUCUUAUACUCUCACAGGUAGAAUGAAUUGUGUACUGGUCACAUACAGAAGCAUUGCUUUGAUUGUCUUAUAUUUCAAGUUAAGGUCCAAAAAAACUCCAGCUAUGAAAGCAACAUAAAUGGAUUUUAAACUGCCUACAGUUCUUAAUCUCAUCUGUUAAGUUCCCAUGCCUGGAGAAGCUAAUGCCAACUCAUCAUGUGAUAAUUCAAUUUGUACAAUAUAUUAUGAACCUGGAAAAAAAAGAA